AUGAGAGAACCAAUACUAUCAGAAUUGAAGAAAAUGGUGUUCAUGAAAGUUUUGUUUCUUGCCUUCUUGUUAUCUCUCUCAUGUUUAAUGGAGGGAGAAGCAAGGAUUAGUAGUGGAGAAAUGAAAGAUGUAAUUACAAUACAACGUGGAGGUUCUUGCAACAACGACAAUACUUGUCACGAUGUUUGUCCGGGAUGUCUCGUCACACGAUGUAUUUUCAAGCAAUGUGUUUGUUCUAAUUGUUACACUCCACCAACAAGUUUACAUGUUGAGUCUCAUGUGUAA